GCUGUUGAAUGAAUCGAGCAGCUCAUGUUGAUAUGUUUUUCCAAUUCAAAGAUUAGUUGCGAAUGCGCAUUUAAAAGGUUCGGUUGAGUCGAUGGUGUUUUGUAUAUACCGUUAAAGAUUUAAAAAAAAAAAUUGUUUAGAUUUACGACUAGACAGCGGUUUAUAUUUUUGAUUCAAAAUAAAAAAUAAAAAUAUUUUUUACGUAACACGAAAAGUAAGUUUUUUGUUUUGUUUCUUUUUGUGUAUAUUUACCAUCAAUAGCAUCAAUUAGCAUUGUUUCAAUCUUGUUCUGUGUGCUUAAAAUUUUAGGCCGAAAAAAAAAUCCGUUUAAAUUUUUAUUAAUUUCUUAGGUAAAGCAUUUUGGUCGAUAUAAGUAAAACACGACUCCUUUAAAGAAUAAGUUUAAUGAAUUACAAAAAAAAAAUCGUGAAAUUUUUUAGGUGUGUUAAGUGAUUGUAAACGAUAUUGUGCUAAUUUUAUUGAAAGACCUGCUUGUGAGACUCAUUUAAAUGGAUAAUUAUAACAAUUGAAGAUAAUAAUGUUAUUGAAAAAUGGAACGUCAAGACAAUAAAACACCAUCAAUAUCACCAACACCAGACUCUGACUCGACGAACUUAAGUGUCGAAACCAUCAUCAACAACAAUGCAACGCAUGAAAGUAGCAAAAAUCAACCGGCUGCAGCCAAACCUCUAAAUACAUCAUCGACCGUACAAAUGCCGGACGGAGAUGCGCAACAUUUGUACAAUAUACCAGAUCUGGUUACCAAUCCCAAAAAAGACAAAGAAGUUUUUUCAACUGAAACGAUAGUUAGUCAAAAUCCAAAUAUAAACAAUGCAAGUGCAUCGUCAUCCGUUACAUUGAUUACUGGUCCGACCAAGUCCCAUUUACCAAUUACGAUUUGGUUAGCUAUUGUUCAGCUGUUACUGAGCAUUGCGUUGACCACUUUGGGCGGUUUAGUUUUGGCACGAGGUGCCACAUUAUCACAGACCGGCUCUGGCAUAUGGGCUGGUGGUAUUGCAGCCAUUGCUGGAGCAUUGGGAGUCAUUAAUGUGAGAAAGGCACAGACGGGAUUUUUAGCUGUCAGUUUGAUUUGUGUCGCUUCCAGUACGUUGGCUAUAGCAUUAACCGGAAUUGGAUUGGUACGAGAUUUAAACUUGGAAAAUUCACAUGGAGCAAUAGCAGCAAGUUCUGGAUUAAUAUUGACGCUGUCGAUGCAUUUGAUAAUCAGCGUUCUAUCCGUUUACAAUUCUGCUAUGCGACUUUGUUCGAGAUCGAAGUCGAACGGACAAAUGGUAGAGAAUGUCUUAUCGAAUCAAAAUUCGACAUACCUCAGUCAACAGAGAAUCGAACAAUACUUUAAGUCACUCCACGAAUCGAAUGGUAAACAAAUGUUCUAUCCAACGUUAAUGCAAAAGAAUGGUGGCAAAAGUGGUAGCGAAAAGUAUUCGAUGGGUGAGUCAGUGAUGCCGUACUGGUUACCACAAAUGCAGAAAAAACAUUCCGUUUCAACAUUACCACAUCACCGUCCAAUGGUGUUAGUGCCGGCUGGUGUUGGAAAUGGGAUCUCAAUGGUACCAUUAUAUCCACCGCCUAUGAUGCCGCCAAUGCAUCCGCCACAAAUGCUUUAUCCACCAAUGCCGCCAGGAGUGAUAUUACCGCAUCCAUAUCCGAUACCCAUGCGAUAUUCACCUGAAGUCGAAGAGAAAUUGGAACGGAUCCGAGUGGCACGAUCGAAAGAGAGACGCAGUGAACGAGAACGACGAAAAUCGGAAUCGGACAUGGAAAUACGUAAAGCGCUAACUUAUACUGGAUUGGAUCGUGCCAUUGCCGAAAGUUUUCUGGAACAACAAGAACGUACAAACGGAAGCAACAUUGAUUGUACCAGUUUGAACGAACGUGGCCGGUGUGAAGAUGUUGCUAUGUAAAUGUGUUUUUUUUCGAGAUUUUCAUAAUCAAUUUCUGAAUUUUGUUUAUUUCUUUCAUUUCUUCGCGUGUAAAUUCUUGUACAAUAUUUUGUAUUUUAAAAAUAAAGAUUUUGAUUUUUUAUGUUAA